AUGCCGAAAGCUGGAGAGCGCAUUCACAGACCUCCUGUUCGCGAUGCCACGCACACCACGCAUCUCAUUGUCAGUGUGGGUAUGCCCCGGGAAUUACGGGCUCAGUCGCUGAUCGUCCUGAGGCGCUCGCCGGAGUCGAGUCCGGUGAGAAAGUUCUCUUUCAAGGCAGGGUCCUCGCGCCAGUGUCUCCCCCGGGUGCUCCUCUGGACGGAUCUAUAA